AUGAUUGAUUCCAGAACUAAAGAAACAAACGCGACGCAAGCGCCGACAAACGAAGGAAUCAAGAAAGAAAAUAAAAGCGAACCGGAUACUACCAGUAAUUGGCAAGAAAAGCGAAGUCGAAAAAAGGGUCUGGCUGUUGCUAUUUUUGCUGGAUUUGGUGUUUUUCUUGUUUAUCUUUUCUUAUUAUUCGAAAACAUCAGAAUUUACAAUGAUCUUCGAUUCUCGGAAUCACCCUUUUCCGAGCUGAACUCUCUGCCCAAACUGACCAUUCACCGCGAAGAAAUUGGCCUGGACUGGCAGAAAAAUCCCUGCAAACCGUCAUCGAUGAUUUGCGAUGCCGUGCCUCGCUGGAUCCCCUUGACAGCAAGCGAUAAAACGGCAACACAAGAGCAGUGCUCUUUUACACUUCGCGAAUCCGAUUCGACGGCAAAUUCAGAAAUAUUACCAUGA